CAGCCUCCGUCACUAUACCACCCUCGCCAUAAUGUCUUCCUACAACCUCACACCUCCCCGCCGGAUCACAGCGUCCAAUCUCCCCCUGCCCUCCAACCUCCGUGGAGAUGAGCACGCCGAGCCUGGCGUUGAGGUCAAGGUCGACAGCCUGAAGGCCGACUCCCUUCUCGACGGCACCUUGAUGCGUUCUGUGGUAGCCACCAGCAAGCAAAUUCCCACAAGCAACGACGGCCAUGGUGAACUGCCCCUCGACAAGGUCCCAGGCAUGGGCAUCGUGCUCCCGGGCGGGCUGAACAUGUACUACAUAGACCUGGCGCCCAACACCGAGGGCACCAUGCACCGGACGACGUCGACCGACUACCUGGUGCUCAUCUCCGGCACGCUGAGCCUCUUGACACCCGCGCCCGAACCCUACCAAGUCAAGGAUGGGGCGGCUACGUACGGUGAGGCCGUUGAGACCGUGUGCCAUGCCGGUGACGUGGUGGCCCAGCGAGGGAUGAUGCACGCGCUCUCUAACCGCACGGACGUGUGGGUUAGGCUGCUUGCUGUUGUGCUGUCGUCCGACACCAACAAAGUUCCUAUUGAGGGCACUGGCGGCUACAAGGAGCUGCAUGAUGCUUGGAUUGGAUAGCUUAGAUGGAAAUGGAAGGGCGACACAAGCAAUUUGGCGAGGGACGAUUUGAGCAUACGAGAGCUAAAUAUUUUGACUUCCCAGCAUGUUCGACAGAAGACGUCGACGAGUUUUAAGCGGCGUGGAAUAUGUGUGCAAUCUAAGCGGC